AUGAAGCAUUUCAGCAUACAUGCCAAUCCAACAUUGUUCAACUUUUUCCUGCUAGUCUUCUCCUCAGGCUUUUCUUGCACACUUUGUGCAAUGCACCCGAACAACUACAGCGAUCACCAGGCGUUGAUUGCGUUCAAAGGCGCGAUUAAUGAACCCUCACAAUAUAUGAACUCGUGGAAUGCAUCGAAACACUUCUGUACGUGGAAUGGCAUUACGUGCAGCCAUCGACACCAAAGAGUCAUUGGACUUAACCUUGUGAAUCAAAAUUUGACAGGUUUUGUUUCGCCUUAUGUUGGAAACUUGAGCUUUUUAAGGUUUCUUUACCUGGAUAAUAACAGUUUCACGGGAAAAUUCCCUCGGAAAUUGGCAGGCUGCAUAGACCUGAACAUUUUUCUGUCGGCAAUAAUUCACUUGAGACUUCCUUCUUCUUUUGAUUCCCUGUCAAAACUGGAAUUGUUCUCCAUUAGUAAGAACAACAUUACUGGUGAAAUCCCGGCUACUUUCGGAAAUCUGUCAUCCCUCACACGAUUAUAUGGAGGCUCGAACAAUCUCAUGGGGAGAAUCCCGGAUGCAUUAGGCCUACUGACAAGGUUGGAACUUCUAGCAUUUGGUGAAAACAGGUUGAAUGGUAUUAUACCUUCUUCAAUCUUCAAUCUCUCUUACAUUUCAAUUUUUGACCUGGCUGUUAAUCAAAUUCAAGGUACUCUUCCUUCAGAUUUAGUUACCACUCUUCCCGUUCUUGAAUUUUUCAGUGUUGGAGUAAACCAAUUCACUGGAUCAAUUCCUGUUUCUUUGUCCAAUGCGUCGAACCUUAGAUAUCUUCAUCUAGGUUACAAUCAUCUGUCUGGGAAAGUGCCUAGUUUCCAAAAGUUGAAUAAGCUUGGUGUUUUAGUCCUUUCAGGGAAUCCUCUUGGAAAAGGAGAAUCAAAUGAAUUAACUUUCAUCUCGACCUUGAUUAACGCAACGAAUUUAGGAAGUUUAGCGUUGCACGAUAAUAAUUUUGGAGGAGAAUUGCCUGAAUCAUUUAAAAACCUUUCGAAUACGCUUACUAGGUUGUACCUAACAAGCAAUCAGAUUACAGGAAGAAUCCCAACUGAGAUAGGAAAUUUUAUCAACAUGCAAGAUUUUCGAGUGAAUGACAACAAAUUCAUAGGUACUAUCCCUUCUGAAAUUGGAAAACUUCAGAAGCUACAACUUUUAGACUUAUCCCAGAACAGUUUUUCAAGCAAAAUUCCAGAGUCUAUAGGAAAUUUGAGUCUUAUAGUCUAUCUUCAUCUGUCUGAAAACAAUCUUAGCAAUGAAAUACCGUCAACUUUGGGAAACUUCCAAAACCUAUUGGAACUGAACCUUUCUUACAAUAACCUGUCUGGUCCUAUUGCUAGAGAAGUUUUCAGCAUCUCUUCCUUAAGAACGUUUGAUCUUUCUCAAAACCAACUGAAUGGUUCCCUUCCUGCGGAAAUUGGAAACCUUAAAAAUCUCGAGUAUUUUAAUGUCUCGAGCAACAACUUUUUUGGUGAAGUUCCGAAUACUCUUGGUAGCUGCAUAAGUUUGGAGUUCCUAGCUAUAAAAGGAAAUUCAUUUCGUGGGAAUAUUCCUUCGACUUUCAGUUCUCUGAGGGGACUUCAAAUUUUAGAUCUUUCGCAUAACAAUUUUGAUGGCCAAAUACCAAAAUAUUUCGAAGUGUUCAACUUUCGAGCCUUGAACCUUUCUUUCAAUGACUUUGAUGGUACAGUACCAGAAGAAGGCGUAUUCAAGAAUGCAACUGCAUUUUCAGUAGUUGGAAACUCGAAACUUUGUGGGGGUAUACCUGACCUUAAACUUCCCAAAUGCAAAGCCGAAUAUUCUAAGAAGUUGAGGUUGAGUUUCAGAUCUAAAAGAGUGCCUCCCUCUUCCGAUUCUCCUCACAAUUUGCUGUGGAAUGUAUCCUAUCACACUCUCUUCCAAGCUACAAAUGGAUUCUCAGCAGGCAAUUUACUAGGAACCGGAAGUUAUGGAUCGGUAUAUAAAGGAACUAUUGGUCAAAAGGGAACAUCAGUCGCUGUAAAAGUACUGAAUCUCUCUACUCGUGGAGCUUUGAAAAGUUUCAUAGCUGAAUGUGAAGCCUUGAGAAAUAUUAGGCAUCGGAAUCUUGUUAAGGUACUUACAGCAUGCUCGGGUGUUGAUCUUCAAGGUAAUGACUUCAAGGCAUUGGUAUACGAAUUCAUGGCUAAUGGGAAUCUCGAGGACUGGUUGCAUUCAAAGGAUUCUACUCUUGUGGAAAUUAAAAGCCUAAACCUUCUUCAGAGACUUAACACUGCCAUUGACAUUGCUUAUGCAGUUGCUUAUCUUCAUUUACACUGUGAAACUCCAAUAAUUCACUGUGACCUAAAGCCAAGCAAUGUUCUACUAGACAAUGAAUUAGUCGCCCAUGUAGGUGACUUUGGGUUGGCAAGGUUUCUUUCUGCAGACGCUCAAAGCUUUUCGAUAAAUCAAACAAGCUCUAGUCUUGUUAGAGGAACGAUUGGAUACACUGCUCCCGAAUAUGGGAUGAGAAAUGAACUGUCAACAUAUGGUGAUAUGUACAGCUUUGGCAUUCUCCUGUUGAAGAAAUUGCUGAUCCCAUGCUUUUUCACAACAGAUAAGUGGAUACUAUUAAAAGCAUAA